GAGAGAGACAAAGACACAGGGAGACAGGGACAGAGAGAGAGAAACAGAGAGACAGGGACAGAGAGAGAGAGACAGGGAUACGGGGAGACAGGGACAGAGAGAGAGACAAAGAGACAGAGGACAGGGAGCAGGUCCUCUGUGUCCCAGCCUCAGAGGAUGAAGGUCCAGUUUGCUCCCCUGAACGUCCCCCUGAGGAGGAGACUGCAGACGGCUGCUGUCCUCCAGUGGCUCUUCUCCUUCCUGGCUCUGGCUCAGUGCUGUCUGGCGUCCUUCGUCCUCCUGGCCCUCUCUGAUUGGUGGAUGCUGGCUCUGCUCUAUGCUGGUUGGCUGUGGCUGGACUGGGACACGCCCACUAGUGGAGGAAGGAGGAGUCAGUGGGUGAGAAGCUGGAGGGUCUGGGUGAGCUUCAGGGACUACUUCCCCAUCACGCUGAUUAAAACUGCUGAUCUGGAUCCAAAGAAGAAUUACAUAUUUGGAUUCCACCCCCAUGGGGUGCUGGUAGCUGGGGGGUUUGGUAACUUCUGUACUGAGGCGACUGGUUUUUCUCGUCUGUUUCCUGGACUCAAGUCUCAUCUGUUGAUGCUGCCGUUCUGGUUCAGAGUCCCACUGUUCAGAGACUACAUCAUGACUGGAGGUCUGGUGUCCAGCUCUAAGUCCAGCCUGUCUUACCUGGUCAGUCGUCCUGAAGGAGGAAACGUGGCCGUCAUAGCAGUGGGCGGAGCUCCAGAGGCUCUGGACGCUCGACCAGGAGCUUUAACCCUGCAGGUACUAAACAGGAAGGGCUUCAUCAAACUGGCUCUCAAACACGGAGCCCAGCUGGUUCCAGUCUUCUCUUUUGGAGAGAACGAGCUGUUUGAUCAGAUGGAGAAUCCCACCGGCUCCCCCCUGAGGGCCCUGCAGGACCGGCUGCAAAGAUACUGAAGAGUAUCGAUGCGCUGUUUCACGCAGAGGAGUCUUCCAGUACAACGUUUCUGGAUCAUGCCGUACCGGGAAGCCAUUCAUGUCGGUAUGGGGACGCCGAUCCCAGUCGUCCAGACUCCCGUCCCCACCAACGAGGACAUUGAACGUCUCCAUCAAGUUUAUCUGCAGAGUUUGAAUGAACUGUUUGAGAAGCACAAGCACAACUAUGGCCUGGACGAGCGUCAGCACCUCACCUUCAUCUGAUUAAUGAAUAAAUAAAUAAAAUAAACCUGGACGAGC